AUGUGCUUAUGUUUCAUCAUCCUCACUAUUGCGGUAGCCGUGUCGGCCGACGAAUGUGAGGGUGACCGACAGACCAAGAUCAAGGAGUGUGCUAAGUAUCAAAAAUGGCCAGCAAACCCGAAGCUAGAUCCGUCGGACGCAUGCUGCGCCGUGUGGCAGAAGGCAAACAUCCCAUGCCUUUGUGUUGGUGUCACCAAGGAGAAAGAGAAGAUAUGGUGA